GUUUGCUAGCUGGCUGAGAGCCUUUGCACCUGCACAGAGUAGAGGGUCCUUCUUUCUGUGGUCUGGAGAUCUGGAUAAAGGGGUUAUUAUGCAGAACCUUCCUCGGACUAGCCGGCGUGUGUGCGGACUGACUUCAACCCUUGUGUGAGACCAGCUGUAGGCUGAAUGCUUUUUUCCUAAUGAACGCAAAACCUGGCUACUAUGGAUGAAUGGAAUGACAGUAACAACUUCAUCCAGAGGUUGGAUUUUUCAAGCUGUGGAGAAGACCCGGAGCUGGAAGAGGACCAUUGCAUCGAGGAGGAAGAGCCGAGACAUAUCACCCCACCAAAAAACUGGGAGUCCCAGAACUGGAGAGUGAAUUGUCCUGUUCCAGUUACCCCACAAAGGCAGCCAGAGGGUCUCUUGGCAGCUGUUUCAACCUCUUGGCCAAGUCCAACGAGGAAAGGCAAGGAAUCUCAAAGAAAGAAAGUCUCUCCUUUGAAGGAUUAUCCGGGGACCCCCCUGCAUUAUGUCACUUGGCAAAAGCUGCAGCUCUGUGACACCCCAAACACCCCAAAGAGUCUCUUGAGUAAGACAACCUUUCCUUCACCUGUGGGAAAAUACCCUCCGAAAGGGAUGAGAAAUCUGCGCUUCACUUCUUGCACCGAUCUUGAAGAUCCCGUUGCAGCUCCUUUGGUCAACAUUAACCCGUUUACACCCGAGUCCUAUCGGCAGAUGGUUUUCCAUCCCAGCGGCAAGAGGAAAGUGAGAGGGGAGCUGGAUGAUUCCAGCCAAAAAGGGGGUUCGAUGGAGCUGGGGUUGCCAGCCAAGAGAUUUCUCUUGCGAGAGAACAACAUGGUCUCCCGCUACAUGAAGGAGUUCCUGGAGUUGGAGAAAAUUGGUGUGGGGGAAUUUGGAUCCGUCUACAAAUGCAUCAAAAGGCUGGAUGGGUGCGUCUAUGCUAUCAAGCGUUCCAAGAGGCCUCUAGCUGGGUCCUCAGAUGAGCAAAUGGCUUUGCGAGAAGUUUAUGCCCAUGCAGUGCUUGGCCAUCAUCCCCACGUGGUGCGCUACUACUCUGCUUGGGCAGAAGAUGAUCACAUGAUCAUUCAGAAUGAACACUGCAAUGGAGGGAGCCUUCAGGAUGUGCUUUUGGAGAACUCAAAGACGGGGGAUUAUUUCAAAUCUCGCCAAGUGGAGCAAAAUAUUUUAAAUAAAUAUAAUUUUUGUUUUUCCCUAAUUAUAGGCAAUAUCUUUAUAUGCCACAAGCUGAUUGGACCUGCUGGUCAGGAGGAGAGUGACAGUGAAGAUGAUGGAUUUGCCUCUUCUAGUGUGGUGUAUAAAAUUGGGGACCUUGGGCACGUAACAUCCAUAACCAAUCCACAAGUGGAGGAGGGUGACUGCCGCUUCUUGGCCAAUGAAGUCUUGCAAGAGCAAUACUGCUAUCUGCCCAAGGCAGACAUUUUUGCCCUUGCUUUAACAAUCGCUCAAGCAGCAGGCUGUGGACCAUUGCCAGCCAACGAUACCAUGUGGCACCACAUCCGCAAGGGCAACCUGCCGUCAAUCCCUCAGCAGCUGUCACAUAGUUUUAUACAACUGCUCAAGCUUAUGAUUCAUCCUGACCCAGUGGCAAGGCCAUCCGCUAUGGCCCUCACCAAGCACCCUGUCCUCCGACCUUCUCUUGGGAAAGCUGCCCAGCUUCAGAAGCAGCUCAAUAUGGAGAGGUUCAAAACUGCCAUGCUUGAAAGGGAGCUGAGAGCAGCUCGCCUUGCCCAGACCUUUAAACAGGAUCAAUUUUUGGAAUGUGUCCGACCUCAAGGAUCUGGAACCCACUCAAAGCAAAAGAACAGCAAGAAACACCUGGUGGGUGGAAAAAGCACGCGGUCAUUCAGCUUCACUUCCACUGGCUGUUGAGGACCAAACUUUGCAGGUCUUUUGAAUUACUGAAGCAUAUAAUGGAGCAAAGACCUUACAAAUGACUUUUACCUGUGUCAUCAUGAAUAAUGCAAAUACAUUGGUUGUGUUUAAUAUCAACUGGCACAAUAUCAAUGUGUGUUCUAUUACAUUGCAGCAUCUCUUUCCAAGUCUGCCUAUCCUCCGGAUUUGACAUCUGUAACUGAGAUUGUGGUGAGGCCAUUAAAAGUGCAAUCAUAAUGCAGAGGGGCCAUGGCUGCUGCUUUAAAAAUAAUAUUUUUAAAACAUUAAUUGGUGUAUUUUCUCUCUUGGAUUCCUGAAAGAGCAUGUACCUUAAUUUCCUUUCUCUAGCUUUUCUGUUAGCCUACCUAUUUUUUUUAAAAAAACUUCUGUGUUCAUUAUUUAUUCAGGGGAAAAAGAUCUGGAAAUAAUUGCUGGAAGAAGUAUUUGAUAGGCAGCAGCUGGAAAAAGGAAAUUAAGCCAUCAGACUCUUUAGGUAGGACUAAGUUUUGAGUCCUAUCUAAAGGGCCAGGCAACAUAUCUAGAGCAAAAUAUAUUUUUAUGUAACAGUCCUAAUGAAGAAAAUCUUGAAAUUUAACUGAAUAGCACUGUUGAUAAUGGAUAUAAAGGAAAAAAGUAUGUUUUGGAAAGAGGUUGUUUGUCCGAUGCAACAGCAGGCAAGGUGUAGCCUGGCCUUGGGUGUAUUUUUUGGUCUAGAAUAAAGCCCCUGCUUUAUUCUUAAGCAGAUGGUGGAUGACUCACAUUAUCUGACAGGUAAAGGCUCUUUCUGACCAGUAAAUGCUCUUCUACUUAUAAACAUCUAGGGUGGGGACGGUUUUUUAAAGCACAGUGGAAGGGACGUAGAAAUGCUUUUUUAGAAUGCCAUCAUUUUCUGGGGAUUACAUUAUGUAAAGUGUUCCUAAUAAAAUAAAGUAAACCUUU